ACAAAAAGAUAGGCAAAUAUAUUUUUUACUUUACUAAGUUACUUUGAGAAUUUAUGAUUCCCUGUGUUUUGCUGUCUAUGGACGUCAUAACGACUCAUAACGGGGCUCCGGGGAAGUUACCAGCUGACUACCGGGUAGUUCUCAAUAUAGUAAUACGUAUAGAUGAUUGAGUAUGACAUUGAAGGUUGGUAAUGAGAUUCGUUUAGUUGUCUAAACCAAAACAAGCUUUAAAAAGGAAUUAUUAAUACCGAAAAAAAUAAAGUUUUCGACAUGACACAAUGGAACUUUGACCAGCGGCUUUGCGUCUUCUCGACAUGCCCUCGAGGUCAUGAUUCCGGGAAUCCCCUCCUCAUUUCGUCAGCCGACAUUUGUUUUGGUGAAGUCUUGUGAAAUGAUUCAUUUUAUAGUGUUAUUUUCUUUCGACUUGACGAUUAUUGAGGGUAUAUCACAAUGCCAAUAUCUCAAUAUGAUUUACAGCGAGUAAUAGCGGUCUUGGCCGACGAAGAAGAGUUAAAAGCGACCGUCAAAGGAAGCCUCAAAGGUGGUCUAUUGGCCGGUAUUACAACUACUCUAGGAGGUUUAGUAUUCGGUCCUCCGGGGUUGAUGGUCGGAGGCAUGAUUGGUGGAGCACUAGCAUACAACACAGCAGAAGAUUUCAAGCCCGUUUCGCACAUCAUUAAAGACCUUAAUGCAUAUGAAAUACAGCUGUUAUACGACUACAUGAAGGAUAUUAUCGAUAAUUUGACUGUUGAUGACUACGUGUCUUUAAUGGCGUUGAUCAGUGGAGGGCCAGGACUGCUUCUAAGAACACAACUCAUCGAUAGAACUGUGGACUUUCUGAGAAGUCAGCUUAAAGUCCAACUGAUCACUUCCACGUAGAGACGCUAAAUUUCGAAAGGAAAAGGAGAACUCGAGUUUAAUAUAAAGAACAAAAAUAUCGAAUUUGAAAGUGAAUUGAUCUAAUAAUAUUGUUUUAAAGAAUUCUUGUACACACGUUUACUCAUCUGAAUCGAAAGUUUUUACAGCUCAAAGUUUAACUGACUUCUGGUUAAAGAGACGCAGAUUUUGAAAGGAAAAGGGAAACUUGAUAGUAAAGAACAACAAUAUUGAAUUAUAAAGGUGAAUUGCUUAUAUAAAUGAUUUUUAAUAUUAAAAAUUAAUAAUUGUUUUAAAUAUUUUUUUGGAAACGUGUGCAAAUUUCCACCUGUUACUCAUUGACAUAUGUUUAAUUAUGUUUGAUGGAUUAGCUAAUAUUUUGCAGUAGGACUGGACCCAAGCUAACAGAGCAUCCUGUAAACCUGUACUACGUAGUAAGACCUUUUGCUUACCAUUUACCAGGAAAAACUAGAAUUUCCAGUUGAAAAACAAAUGAUGUAUUCCAAUUGGAAGUGUUGGGGAAAACUCGGUCUUCUGAUGUAGGUUAUCCACUUUGCCUGCUCUUUUUGGUUCUUCCGGAAGAUGGGUGGGUGUACCAUUUUUCAAAAGUCAAAGUUUCCUGCUCUUUUAUACAAUUGCCCUAUUUCACUAUGACGUCACCUCAAAACAAUCUUUUGUUUAAACGCAAAGAAUCAUGGUCUUCAGAGGGGGUCAAAUCGAUGCAAAUUCUCCAAAAAUUGUUCUAAAACCCGUAGCAAUCCACGAAGAGAAGUAGAGUAGCCAGCAAAUGCUCAGAAUAUUUUUUAGUACAUAUUAACACAUAUUAUAUCUGAAAACCAGGCCAUUUUAGAUUAAACUGUUUCGGUAGGAGUAAAUUUUGUUGAAAGUUCUAUUGGAUUUGGCAUUAGAGUAACUGGCCAUGACAAACCAAAGUAAAAAGUGCUGUGCCCCUAAUUCUGCCCAUUCAAUGUAGACUAUUGCUUUAUCUAUUAGAGCUGUAGGAAUGAUUAAUCAGUCAGCAGACGGUCCUAAUUUGAAGUGGAAAUAAAGGGUGACAUCUAA